AUGGACACCCCCAUCUAUGCGCUGGCCACGGAGCCGCGGUUUGCCCAGCGCCUCAGGGAAUAUUUGGAAGAGGAGCAGCUUCUGGAUGGGCGUUACCGGCUGCAGGAGGUGCUGGGGGGGUGCGGGGCCCUGCCUGUGCUGAAGGAGAAGCUCGACUGGCUGCGGCUGCCCCAGGAGAUGCCCUGUAGGCUGGUGCAGAUCCAGGACCCUGUCCCCUCCAGGGCAGCCCGCCGGCAGAUGCCUGCCCAGAAGCUGCGGGAUGAGCUGCGUCGUCUGCUGGGUGAGAGCUGGUCAGAGGACCUGGAGCGUGACGUGCCCCGCGCCUGGCAGCGGCAUGGGGAUCUGGUCCUGCUGAGCGAGGAUAGCUUUAGGGCUGCACCAUGGGAGAAGCUGGGUUCAGCACUCUGGGAGAUGGUUGCCUCUACUCUGGGUGCCCGACGGCUGGCCAGGCGAGGACGGGUAUUGCCAGACGGGAUGCGGUCCCCCAGUGUCACCCUGCUGCUGGGCCAGGAUGGCUGGGUGGAGCACAUAGACAAUGGGAUCAGGUACGCGUUUGAUGUGACCAAGUGCAUGUUCUCCCCGGGCAACAUCACGGAGAAGCUCCGGGUGGCUUCAUUGCCCUGCUCUGGGGAGGUCCUGGUGGAUCUCUACGCAGGCAUUGGCUAUUUCACACUGCCAUUCCUGGUUCAUGCGGCGGCUGCCUUCGCCCAUGCCUGUGAGUGGAAUGACCACGCCGUGGAGGCCCUGCGGAGGAACCUGGUGCUGAACGGUGUGCAGGACCGCUGCUGCAUCCACCAUGGGGCCAGUCGGAGUCGGCAGCUGCAGGACAUAGCAGACCGGGUGAACCUGGGGCUGAUUCCCAGCUCGGAGGAAGGCUGGCCAGUGGCUUGCCGCGUCCUGAAGAAAGGCACGGGUGGUGUUCUUCACAUCCACCACAACGUGGAGACUUUUCCCACACCAGUCCCCCCACAGCCCCCACAGACCCCACUCCUGCAGGGUGAGUGGAGGUCUCCAGAGGGAGCUAGCUCUGAUGGGGAGGCACAGCACCGAGUGGAGGACGGCAGGAAGGAGACACUGGAGGCCAGGAUCAGACCUGAGUGGCAGAGGUGGGCUGAAGCCACAGCAGCAAGGAUCCAGGGACUGCUGGCAGAACUGCAUGGGCAGCCGUGGCGCACCAGUAUCCUGCACAUUGAGGCAGUGAAGUCCUACGCACCCCACGUGCAUCACCUUGUGCUGGACCUCAAGUGCCGGCCGAUGCUGCCCACCUAG